GAACCUACAAUCCCAGUCUUUGGUGGUUGUGGAUUGAAUUGCUCGACAAAGAUGGCGACCCCUUCUCUGGCUGAAAAGCUGGACAAGAUCAAGUCUCCUGGCUUGCAGAGUCAGCAGAGGACUGCCGUUGUACUUCAGGCCGUCGAGUCGACUCUCAAGGAGCAGAACGAAGCGCCCACGCCCACCGGAUACUUUGCGGCUCUGCUGGCUCUUCUCCAGCAGGCUAACGCCAAUGACACAGUCAACUCGGAACUGGCGACACCUGCCGUCUACCUUCUCGACGUUGUUACGCCUUAUGCCCCGCAGCCUCUACUCCGAGCCAAGUUCACCCAGAUCCUGACCCUUCUCGCCCCCGUGCUUCUGCUGCAGGAUGCGGAGCCUCUGCUGUUGCGAUCCUCCAUAGGAUGCCUCGAAUCGUUGCUGUUGGCGCAGGAUGCUGCGUCUUGGGAGCUCUCUGUUUCUCAGAUUGGUCCCCGAAGGGCUGUUGCAGGACUUUUGAACAUGUCUCUUGACCACCGACCCAAGGUCCGAAGAAGGUCGCAGGAUGCUUUGAAGAAGGUCCUUCGAAACCCGCCCCCGAGCCCUUCCCUGGAUCACCCUGCCGCCGACAUGUGCGCCCAGACUGCUCUGAAGAACCUCGAGGACCUUGCGACAAAGGUCGCACAGGCGCGCAAGAAGAAGUCGGACGCCCACGAUCCCGCCAUGAUCCACGCCCUGCAAUUGGUAAAGACGGUUGCUGCCGCGAGUGGCGGCUGGCCCACCAAGAAGAUCGAGUCGCUGUGUGAGCUGCUGCUGGGUAUCGCGAAGAGCGGAAACGAGUACAUGACCAUGGCCGCCUUUGAGAUUUUCGAGAUGAUCUUUGAGGGCAUGACGGAUGAAGUUUCGUCUGCUAAGCUGCCACGACUUAUGGAGAUCAUCUCUGAGCUUCGUCCGGCUGCCAAUGACACUCAGCUUGUUCCCCCGUGGCUCGCGAUUCUGUCCCGAGGAUACGACGUGUCGGCGCAGGUCGAGUCUGAUGAGACUUUCCAGAACCUCCCCCAGAUGUUUGACAUGGUCGCACAGUUCCUCGAGUCACCGUCUGAGAAUAUCCGAAUUUCGGCUUCCGAGUGUCUGGUCUCUUUCAUGGCCAACUGCGUCCCUCGACAGGUCAUCCUCGAGCCCUCGAUUUACGACGAGAAGAUUCUGGAGAAGGUUGCAAAGACGGCAGAGUCGCUUCUUACCGUUCAAUUUCAGGCUGCUUGGCUGCAGACAUUUAACGUCCUGGGUGCCAUGUUCGACUCGUUGAGAUGGAGGUCGUUCCCCAUCAUGAUGAAUGUCACCAGGACAAUUGGUGAGAUCCGAGAGAAUGGAUCUUUCCGUAAUAAGAAGGAUGCCGAUGAGGUUAUCGGCAAGGCUAUCCGGGCAAUGGGCCCCGAGGCUGUCCUCUCUGUUCUCCCCCUGAACCUGGCAAAGCCUGCGAAGGGCCAGCCAGGUAGGGCUUGGAUGUUCCCUAUUCUCCGAGAUUAUACCAGCAACACAAACCUAGCCCACUUCAAGAGCGAGAUGGUGCCGCUAAGUGAGCUCAUGUUCCAAAAGGUUCUGGACCACGGACAGGCUGAGAAGACAAUGGAGGUCAAGAUCUACGAGACGGUGGUUCAGCAGAUCUGGUCUACUCUCCCCGGCUACUGCGACCUGCCUCUGGACCUGACCGAGGCAUUCGAUCAGGGCUUUGCUGAGAUUCUGGCCAAUCUUCUCUACAAGCAGGUUGAGCUGCGGUUGGAUGUCUGCCGUGCGCUCAAGACUCUGAUCGAGUCGAGCCAGGCUAUUGCUGAGAUUCAAGAUGAGGAGGAGGACUUGGUUCUUCAGAGCCGAGUGAGCCGUGCCACCGCCAAGAAGAACCUCGAGUACCUCUCUCGGUUUGCGGGCAACAUGCUUGCUGUCCUGUUCAACGUCUACACACAAACCCUUCCUCAGAGCCGAGGCCCCAUUCUUCAGACCAUCAACACUUUCCUGAGCAUAACACCCAACGGUGAGCUGAUGGAGACGUUUGACCGGGUUAGCAAGAUGCUGGCGGCGGAGCUGCAGGCAGAGAAGCCUGCUGAGAAGGAGAAGGGCCAGAAGUCCAAGGACCACAUGCCUUCAACAGCCCAGACUCUGAUGGACCUUGUUAUCACAAUGUCUGUCUACCUCCCCCGAGACAGCUUCGCCGCUCUCUUUGAGAUCGCAGCCGUCAUCAUCAACAAAGAGGAUGAGCCUCAACUCCAGAAGAAGGCAUAUAAGCUCAUCCCCCGCCUGGCAGACUCUGAGAUCGGCAAGGCCGCCCUUCAAGAGCGCAGCGCCGAGCUCCAGAACCUCAUCUUCUCGAGCACUGAGAAGGUCUCUGCUCCUGCUCGACGAGAGCGCCUCGCUGCCGUUACCGCCCUCCUCCCCUUUAUCCCCGACACCUCUCUUCACUUCAUCCCCGCCGUCCUCAGCGAGGUUGUCAUCUGCUGCAAGGAGAACAACGAGCGUGCUCGUGAGACUGCUUAUGAGCUGCUUGUCCAGAUGGGACACCGCAUGGCUGGUGCUAACGGCGUCCCUAUCGACAACAGCAAGGUGCCCCACAUGCCCAACGAUGCUCCAGCUGGAACCGCCAACAUCGAGGAGUUCUUCACCAUGGUCAGCGCUGGUCUGGCUGGCAGCACGCCUCACAUGAUCUCUGCCUCUAUUACCGCCAUUAGCAGACUCCUCUACGAGUUCCGCAGCGACCUGAGCGAGCAGACUCUCUCCGACCUGGUCCAGACCAUGGAUCUCUUCCUCACGUCCAACAACCGCGAGAUCGUCAAGAGCUGCCUGGGCUUCGUCAAGGUCUGCGUCAUCAGCCUCCCCGUCGAGCUCAUGCUCCCCCGGCUCUCGACCCUCGUGCCCAACCUCAUCGUCUGGAGCCACGAGCACAAGGGCCACUUCAAGGCCAAGGUCAAGCACAUCCUGGAGCGCAUGGUCCGCCGCUUUGGUUAUGACAACAUCCACAACAACUGCCCCGAUGCUGACAAGAAGCUCAUCGUCAACAUCCGCAAGACUAAGGAGCGCACCAAGAAGAAGAAGGAUGCUGCCAAGGCCGCCCACGACGGUGAUGAUAGCGAUGACGAUGACGGUCAGCCUAAGCGCCAGUUUGAGAACGAGUACGACCAGGCCCUCUACAGCAGCGACUCGGACGCCUCAGACGACUCUGAUGACGAGGCUGCCCCUCGGCCAAAGAAGAAGGCUCAGAAGGGCGGAAAGACCUACAUCAUCGAGGACGACGACGAACCCCUGGAUCUCUUGGACAAGAAGGCUCUCGCCAACAUCUCAUCCACCAAGCCCGUCAAGCUCCGCAAGCCCCAGCGCACAAAGGCCAAGUACGACCUCGACGGCAAGCUCAUCCUCGGCAAGGACAGCGACGACGAGAUGGAGGUUGACGAGCCCAACCCCGAGGCCUCGGGCGUGGGAGCCUACGUCGCCGCCCUCAAGGGCAAGGACGUGGCCAAGCGUGGCCGCGGAGGCAAGCUCAAGUUCUCCAACCGACGCACCAAGGAUGACGACGACGAUGAGGAUCUCGAGAUGGAUCGGGGUGACGCUGCAGCUGUCAAGAGCAAGCUUAGCCCUGGACGGGAUAGGGGCGGAAGGGGUAACUUCCGUGGUAGGGGAGGACGAGGAGGACGUGGAGGUGGCGGCGCGAGGAGCGGAAAGGGAGGCAUCUCAGCUGGACGAAAGGGGCUGGGCGUUGAGAAGAGGCAUGGCCCGUCGAUGGGUGGCGUGGGCAAGCCGAGGAGAGGACGCAACUAG